UGUUAUGGUUUUUGCUAGAUUGAUUGCAAAUACUUAUUAAAAAUGACCGAAAAACUUUGAAACAAAAAGAUACACUAAUAACAAUUUAACUAGAAAUUCAGAGAAAAAAAUCACAUUUAAGCUGAAAUGUCAAAGUUACCAAAAGCCUCACUUAGUUUGAAGCAGUUUAUGCUGCGCCAGGAAGUCCUGAAGCUCUACCGGGAAAUAUUUCGAACGAUCCGUCAGGUGCCCGACAAAAACAGCCAGCUGGAGCUUAAAUCCUGGGCACGUCACGACUUCCAGACGAAUCGCCAUCAAAGUGACGAGGUGGCCAUCAAGAUGCUCAUUCAGCACGGCAGACGAAGCCUCACAGAACUAAGGACCAGCCUCCAACUGAGCGGGGUGAGCGAGGGCAAAUAGGAUCAAUCUUGGAGAUAAUCUUAGCUUAAUUUGAUUUUAUUUUUGAGCUCGACAACCGUACGAAAAUAAAUACGAAUUAAGACUAAGGACUAUGACAAAAA